GUCAACAUGCACAAAUUCCUUUUUUGGUUGGUUUAAGAUGCACAAAUUCUAAGCAAAGUUAGUUCCCUCUUACCUGACGCCUAACCUUUUCCAUUUCCAUUUCACCAACCAGUAGUUGCAUAUAUGUGACACAACUACACUUGAUUAAAUCUCAAGACAAGAUAUAUCAAAUUAAACACACAUGAUGAUAUCACAUAACCACUCAUGACAUGACGACACUGCAGCACCGGCGGAUCCACCUCCUCUUCCGCCUUGCCGUGGCGGCCGUUCUCACGCUGGGGGCGGCUCGCGUCAUCCUCGAUAACUUGAGGAACAACUAUAGCAUACUGGAAUGGACAAUUAGUCGUAGAUAUAGUAUUCGAGUUCCGAUUGAAGUCUCUGUGGACGAGGAAAUCGAAGAGGGCUGCGAUGUGUUCCAAGGUAGAUGGAUUUGGGAGAAUGCAACUUAUCCUCUCUAUACGGAACAAAGCUGUCCCUUUCUAGUGAAACAGACAACUUGCACCAGAAAUGGUAGAUUAGAUUCUUUUUAUCAGAACUGGAGGUGGCAGCCUCAUGCAUGCGAUUUGCCAAGGUUUGAUGGUCUGAAGUUAAUGGAGAUGCUGAGAGACAAAAGAUUGAUGUUUGUUGGAGAUUCAGUGCAAAGAAGCAUGUUUGAGUCCAUGAUUUGUUUAGUAGAUUCUGCACUUCCUAGAGUUGUAAGGAGAUCCCUCCAACGCAUACCUCCUAGGAAAGUUUUCAGAGUCGAGGAAUUCAAUGCAUCCAUCGAGUACUACUGGGCUCCCUUCUUAGUCGAAUCCAUCUCCGAUCACGCAACAAAUCACACCGUCAUGAAACGUUCGGUGAAGCUCGAUUCCGUAGCCAAGCAUAGCAAGGAGUGGGAAGGAGCUCACGUUUUGAUCUUCGAGAGUUAUAUAUGGUGGAUGUACAAACCUACGAUCAAUGCCACGUAUGGAUCUCUAGACGACGUCCAAGAAUACAAUGUCACAACUGCGUAUAGAUCGGCAAUGGAGACGUGGGCAAACUGGGUCGACUCUCGCGUCAACCGGGAAACUCAGAAGAUCUUCUUCGCGACAAUGUCUCCUACGCACUUAUGGAGUUGGGAAUGGAAGCAUGGAACAGAGGGCAAUUGUUUCAACGAGACGCACCCCAUUGAAGGACCGUACUGGGGAACUGGUUCGAACCUCGACAUCAUGGGGAUCGUAGAAGAUGUACUCGGGCGGGUGAAGGUUAACGUGACAGUGUUGAACAUUACCCAAUUGUCUGAAUAUAGAAAAGACGGCCACGCUUCAAUUUUUGGAGAAAGAAAGGGAAAGCUCCUAACAAAAGAACAGAGAUCCGACCCCAAGAAUUUUGCAGAUUGCAUACACUGGUGCUUACCAGGAGUGCCUGAUACUUGGAAUGAGAUUUUGUACGCGCUUCUUUUACAAGAUUAUCGCGACCAAUCAAUAAUAUGACAGACUGGAAUGAUGGAAUGUUAGGUGACACCCUUUUCCUCCUGUGGAGAAUAGGUCGGGGAACAGUCGAGAAGAAGAAGGAAGCAGUAUCGGUAUGGCAGUAUAUGAUGCAGCACAGCACAAUGCAGAUAUAUAUAUAUAUAGAGCAUCUUCACCAGCUUACUGUAUUAGUCCCCCUCCUGAAUAUGAAAUAUAGGUUUCUUAAUUCUUCUCGAAUGUAAGAACUAGAAAUUUAAUAAAUGGAAACUUGGACAAAAAA